AUUUUAUGCAAAUAAAAUUACUCUCCUUUAUUUUUAAAGCCCAAAUUCAAAAAAUUCCUUUUAGAAAUUUCCCGACCUACUCUAACCUCUCUUAAAACACCUCCGUCGCCGCCAGACAAGCCUCUCGCCACCACUUCCGACAGUCCGUUUUUUGGAUUUUUUGAUUUCUGGGUGAAGUGCGGAAAGAGUUGCUUUCCUAAAGGGUACAGAAAUCUUAACACACAGGUGCCAGAACUACCUACAACAUGUCAGGCAGGAAGGAAACAGUGUUGGAUUUGGCUAAGUUUGUUGACAAAGGUGUUCAGGUCAAACUCACCGGUGGUAGACAAGUCACAGGGACCCUAAAAGGAUACGACCAGCUACUGAAUCUUGUCCUGGAUGAAGCUGUAGAGUUUCUUCGAGACCAGGAUGAUCCGUUGAAGACUACUGAUCAGACUAGGCGUCUUGGCUUGAUAGUUUGUAGGGGCACAGCAGUCAUGCUGGUGUCACCUACCGAUGGCACAGAUGAGAUUGCCAAUCCUUUCAUCCAGCCAGAUGGAGCCUGAUCUGAUCCGUUUUCAAAAUAUGGCAUUUCCUUUGCUCUACUACUUAUAUAUUCUCUUAACAUUUUCAAGUCUGUAUUUCUAUGAGCAUGUUGUUAUCUCUUUGAAAGCUACCAAAAAACCAAACCAUCAAAGCCUUAAAUCUUAAUAUCAUUUGGAGUUGAAACA